AUGAACCCAACAAACCAAAACGAGUGGUUACCAUUUUUGGUCGACAAGAUUUUUAUUAUUUACAUCAUAAGCCCAAAAUCUCUUCUGUUCCCGACCAGUUUGAGAGCUUUGAGAAGAGAGAGUUUAAUGGCUGCGGCAAUCACAAAUUUCUUAACUAAGCCACCACGCACCGAUCUUCAUUUCAUCCCAAAAGCCACUUGUCCUAGCUCCCAUGGUUCCUUUCUACCACCUUUUGUUUCAAAGCCGAGACCAUUUUCAACAAAAUCACUCGAAAGAAGCAAACCCCCACGAUUCAUCACCAAGGCUACGGCUGCACCAGGGACAAGGAAAGCUCCGAGCGACGAGAGGGUAAAGCAGGUCCACAGCGUAGAAGAGUUCGAUGAAGCUCUUAAAUCGGCUAAAAACAAGCUUGUGGUGGUCGAAUUCGCGGCCAGCCACAGUUACCACAGCAGCAAGAUAUACCCAUUCAUGGUGGAACUCAGUCGGACCUGCAACGACGUUGAAUUUAUCCUGGUGAUGGGCGACGAAUCGGACAAGACGAGAGAGCUUUGCAUAAGAGAAGAAAUAAAGAAAGUGCCACACUUCAGCUUCUACAAAAGCAUGGAGAAAAUCCACGAAGAGGAAGGGAUUGGUCCGGACCAGCUGAUGGGUGACGUGUUGUACUACGGUGACAGUCAUUCGGCGGUGGUUCAGCUACACUGUCGGGAGGACGUGGAGAAGCUGAUCGAAGAUCACAAGGUGGACCACAAGCUGAUAGUUCUUGACGUGGGACUCAAGCAUUGUGGGCCGUGCGUGAAGGUGUAUCCGACGGUGAUAAAGCUGUCGAGGCAGAUGGAUUCAGUGGUUUUCGCGAGGAUGAACGGUGAUGAGAACGACAGUUGCAUGCAGUUCCUGAAGGACAUGGACGUAGUGGAGGUUCCCACGUUUUUGUUCAUUAGAGAUGGUGAGAUUUGUGGAAGGUACGUGGGGUCUGGGAAAGGAGAACUUAUUGGUGAGAUUUUGAGAUACCAAGGGGUUCGUGUUACUUAUUAAGAUUG